AUGCGCGUUGCCACAAUGAUGUCCCUUCGCUCCGCUGUGCGGAGAGCUGCUUGCAAGCCCCUCCGUACCCUCUCCGCACCGACUGCCUCUCCUCUACGAGUCUCAGCCGGCAAGGUCACCUCCCUUCGCCAGAUUCGCUCUUACUCUCGCUCCACUGAUCCCCAUCUCACCGCCACUCGCAGUACCGUCGUGCAGCUGCUGAGCAACAUUGGUUCAAAGCGUGAGGUCCAACAGUACCUGUCACACUUCACUUCCGUGUCCUCCCAGCAGUUCGCUGUGAUCAAGGUCGGUGGUGCUAUUAUUACCGAGCACCUCGAGACUCUGUCCUCUGCUCUUGCUUUCCUCAACCAUGUCGGCCUCUACCCGAUCGUCGUCCACGGCGCCGGCCCCCAGCUCAACCGCAUGUUGGAGGCGGCGGGUGUUGAGCCCCAAUUCGAGGAUGGAAUUCGCGUGACUGAUGGCAAGACUUUGGCUCUGGCUCGCAAGCUGUUUUUGGAGGAGAACAUGAAGCUCGUUGAGGAGCUUGAGCGCAUCGGUAUCCGUGCGCGCCCGAUCACGGCCGGUGUCUUUUCGGCUGAUUACCUUGACAAGCCCAAGUACAACUUGGUCGGUAAGAUCAAUGGUGUUGACAAGGCUCCUAUCGAGUCCGCUAUUGCCGCUGGUUGUCUGCCUAUCUUGACUUCCAUGGCUGAGACCCCGGAUGGUCAGGUUCUCAACGUUAACGCGGACGUGGCUGCAGGUGAGCUUGCCCGCUCUCUGCAGCCCCUCAAGAUCGUCUACCUUGCCGAGAAGGGCGGUCUUUUCAACGGUGACACUGGCGAGAAGAUCUCCGUUAUCAACCUUGAUGAGGAGUACGAUCAUCUCAUGAACCAGUGGUGGGUGCGCCACGGUACUCGCCUCAAGAUCAAGGAGAUGAAGGAACUCUUGAGUGACCUGCCUCGCUCAUCUAGCGUUGCUAUCAUUCACCCCGCUGAUCUCCAGAAGGAGUUGUUCACCGACUCCGGCGCCGGUACCUUGAUCCGCCGUGGUAACAAGAUCCACGUCAAGACCACUCUGUCUGAGUUUGAGAACCUGUCCGCCCUCAAGGAGGUGCUGAUCCGUGACCGUGAGGGUCUUGAUGCUCGUGCUGUUGUCGACCGCUACGUCGAGGGCAUGAAGGAGAAGGACUUCAAGAUCUACUACGACGAGCCCAUGGAGGCCCUCGGAGUUGUGCUUCCCCCGCAACCCGGAUCCCAGAUGGCUCACUUGGCCACCUUCACCAUCACCAAGUCUGGAUGGUUGACCAACGUUGCUGACAACGUCUUCGCCAGCAUCAAGAAGGAUUUCCCUAAGCUUGCAUGGACUGUCAAGGAAGAUGACGAGAACCUGACCUGGUUCUUCGACAAGGCCGACGGCAGCUUGAGUCGUGAUGGCCAAGUCCUGUUUUGGUAUGGUGCUGAGAAUGGCGAGGAGGUCAAGCAGCUCGUGCAGGAGUUCAACCAGCACGGCCGCCAGAUGUUUGGUGAUAUCAACCUCGAGUCGCGUCUCCACCGCGCUGCCGAGGCCGCCGCAAACAUCGGCAAGGGCCACGGUGCUAGCGGUGCUUCUGUUGAGCAGAAGCGUGGUUUCUCCACCACCAGCAACGCUCUGCGCAUGACCCGCGCCAAGCGUCCCGCUGUUGCCGUCAACGCUUUCCGUUCUUACUCUACCACCAACCCCAAUCCCCCUCUCGGUGAGAAGAACAACUCCAACACCCAGCCCGCCAAGGUUGCGCUUAUCGGUGCCCGUGGCUACACUGGUCAGGCCCUGAUCAACCUGCUCAACGCCCACCCCAACAUGGAUCUCCGCCACGUAUCGUCCCGCGAGCUGGCCGGUAAGAAGCUCCAGGGCUACGAGAAGCGUGAGAUCAUCUACGAGAAUCUUAGCCCCGAUGAUGUCCGCAAGAUGUCCGCCAACGGCGACAUCGACUGCUGGGUGAUGGCUCUGCCCAACGGUAUUUGUAAGCCGUUCGUCGACGCCGUCGACGAGGGUUCUGAGAAGGGUAACGUCAUCAUUGACUUGAGUGCCGAUUACCGCUUUGACCCUAAGUGGACUUACGGUCUCCCCGAGUUGGUCGAGCGCUCCAAGAUCGCUCAGGCCACCCGCAUUGCCAAUCCCGGAUGCUACGCCACCGCCGCCCAGCUUGGAAUUGCUCCUCUCGUUCCUUUCCUUGGCGGCCAGCCCACUACCUUCGGUGUCUCUGGAUACUCCGGUGCUGGCACCAAGCCCAGCCCUAAGAACGACGUGCAAUACCUGACCAACAACCUCAUUCCCUACAGCCUGACUGACCACAUUCACGAGCGUGAGAUCAGCGCACAGCUGGGCACCAGCAUUGCAUUCAUUCCUCACGUCGCGGUUUGGUUCCAGGGUAUCUCUCACUCUAUCAGCAUCCCUCUGAAGCAGAAGAUGACCUCCCGUGACAUCCGCAACCUCUACCAGGACCGUUACGCCGGCGAGAAGCUCGUCAAGAUCGUCGGCGAGGCCCCUCUCGUCAAGGAUAUUGCCGGCCGCCACGGUGUCGAGAUCGGUGGUUUCGCCGUCCACUCCAGCGGCGAGCGUGUCGUUGUCUGCGCCACCAUCGACAACUUGCUCAAGGGUGCCGCCACUCAGUGCCUGCAAAACAUGAACUUGGCUCUAGGCUACUCCGAGUACGAGGGUAUUCCCCUUGACUAA